AUGGUAGUCGACCUCACUGCCGCUGGCCAGUUGUUUCAACUUAGGUAUUUGAAGGUUUCAGCAGCAUCAGGCAGCAUAGAGCUUCCUACUGAAAUCCAUGGGCUUGUUCAUUUGGAGACAAUUGAUAUAGAUUGCCGAACGGCACAAAACAUCCCGUCAGAUAUAGUCAUGUUGCACCGCUUGUCCCAUUUGAUUCUUCCGCGUGAUACAGGACUCCCAAAUGGGAUUGGGAACAUGAAAUCGCUACGUACUCUACGUUGUUAUUGCAUGGGCAAGAGCUCAUUGGAUGAUAUUGAGGGUCUCGGCGAGCUCACUAAUCUGAGGGAACUGACACUCACCAAGUCCUACAAGUUUGAUAUGGUGAAGGCAGGGGUUGAAGCCUUGGUCUCCUCCAUUGGAAAGCUCUGUAACCUCAAAUUUCUCUACCUUGCCUGCAAUCUUCAACAUUAUGUCGACCUACUGGACUCAAUAUCUGAUCCUCCCCUCCGUAUGGAGAAUCUACGUCUGGGAGGAUGGCCAUUCUACAAGGUUCCAAAAUGGAUUGGUGAUCUUCAUUGCCUCCAUAGACUGUCUCUGUGUGUUGAGCGGUUGCAGACUGACGGUGUUCAUGUUCUUGGGCAACUGCCGUCCCUCGUGUAUCUCAGUCUCAAGGUGUUGUGUAUUCCUCAAGACAGUGCUGUCAUAAUCUGUACAGGAUCAUUCCCAGUUCUGGAGUGUCUUGCUCUCAGGUCUCGUGAUGAUGAUGCAACUGCAUGCAUGGGGUUUGAGGCAGGGGCUAUGCCCAAGCUUCGAAGGCUCGUUCUAGGAGUACAUGAUAGGUGGGGUGGUGGCAGUGCUAUGCCAGUGGGCAUGGUGCACCUCUUAUCCCUCGAGCAAAUCCAUGUAGAUAACAUGUCAUCCAUCCAUGACGACCGUGAUGCCGAGUCUGCCUUCAGGAACGCCGCACAGGUGCACCCAAGAUGCCCUCCUGUUACAAUCUACUAG